AUGACCCUUUUGAGUUAUCUACACUAUAAUCCUUCAAAAUCGUUACUUUUUCAAAGAUUCUGCUCGUCUUCUAGAAUUGCUCACAAGCUGUUCGAUGGAAGUUCCCAAAGAAAUGCAACAAGUUUCAUUAACCAUUCAAUCAGUGAAUCAUUACGGAGAAACUCUCCGGCACAAGCCCUUUCGAUCUUCAAGGAAAGUAUCCAGCUGGGCUUUUGUGGUCGUAAUGUGGACGAGGUUACACUUUGUCUUGCGCUUAAGGCAUGUCGUGGAGACCCGAAACGUGGUUGUCAAAUCCACGGGUUUUCCAUUACGUCUGGGUUCACUUCUUUUGUCUGCGUUUCAAACGCUGUAAUGGGUAUGUACCGUAAAGCCGGUCGAUUUGACAAUGCUUUGUGCAUAUUUGAGAAUCUUGUUGACCCUGAUGUUGUUUCUUGGAACACUAUACUCUCUGGAUUUGAUGACAAUCAAGUUGCUCUGAAUUUUGUUGUUAGGAUGAAAUCAGCCGGAGUUGUUUUCGAUGCGUUCACUUAUUCCACUGCUCUUUCCUUCUGUGUGGGAUUUGAAGGGUUUCAUUUAGGAUUGCAGUUGCAAUCUACUGUGGUGAAAUCCGGACUGGAGUCUGAUGUUAUCGUUGGGAAUUCGUUUAUAACAAUGUAUUCGCGGGAAGGAAGUUUCAGAGAUGCUAAGAGAGUUUUUGAUGAAAUGCCGGUUAAGGAUAUGAUUUCAUGGAACUCAUUAUUGUCAGGACUUUCUCAAGGAGGCAAUUUCGGGUAUGAAGCUGUGGUUGUCUUUAGGGAUAUGAUGCGAGAAGGGGUGGAGCUUGAUCACGUGUCUUUUACUAGUGUGAUUACAACUUGUUGUCAUGAAACUGACUUGAAGCUUGUCAGGCAAAUCCAUGGUUUGUGCAUAAAAAGAGGUUAUGAAACACUUGUUGCUGUUGGUAAUAUGUUGUUGUCAAGUUACUGGAAGUGUGGGGUAGUAGAAGCUGCGAAGUCAGUGUUUUACGAAAUGAGCGAACGGAAUGUUAUCUCUUGGACAACGAUGAUUUCCGCUUAUAAAGAUGAUGCUGUAUCCAUCUUUCAUAUGAUGCGGUUAGAUGGAGUUUGCCCAAACGAGGUCACAUUUGUUGGAUCAAUCAAUGCUGUUAAGUGCAAUGAGCAAAUCAAAGAAGGGCUUAAAAUUCACGGGAUAUGCAUCAAGACUGGUUUUGCUUCGAAACUGUCUAUUGGCAACAGUUUCAUCACCAUGUAUGCCAAGUUUGAGGCUCUAGAAGAUGCCAAGAAGGCUUUUGAUGAGAUACAUUUCAGGGAGAUUAUAUCCUGGAAUGCUAUGAUAUCUGGAUUUGCACAAAACGGAUUCUCACAUGAAGCUCUCAAGAUGUUCUUAUCAGCAGUAACAGAAACAGUUCCAAAUGAAUACACUUUCGGAAGUGUCUUAAAUGCAAUAGCUUCUGCAGAGGAUAUAUCUCUAAAGCACGGUCAGCGUUGCCAUGCUUGUAUACUGAAAUUGGGUUUUAAUAGUUGUCCUGUUGUUUCAAGCGCGCUUCUUGAUAUGUACGCCAAGCGUGGGAGCAUCACUGAAUCCGAGAAAGUCUUUAAUGAGAUGUCUGGUAGGAGCCAAUUUGUUUGGACAUCGAUAAUAUCGGCCUAUUCGAGCCACGGGGAUUUUGAAUCCGUGAUGAACUCGUUCCAAGAGAUGGUUAAAGAAAACAUAGCACCAGACCUGAUCACUUUUCUCUCUGUGUUAACAGCUUGUAAUAGAAAAGGUAUGGUAGACAAAGGCAAUGAGAUUUUCAACUCAAUGACCAAAGACUACAAUCUUGAGCCGGCUCAUGAGCAUUACUCAUGUAUGGUCGAUAUGCUUGGCCGAGCUGGAAGAUUAAAAGAAGCAGAGGAGCUUAUGAGUGAGGUUCCUGGGGGACCAGGAGUGUCGAUGUUGCAGAGCAUGCUGGGGUCUUGUAGACUGCACGGGAAUGUGAAAAUGGGAGCAAACAUGGCUGGGCUUGCAAUGGAGAUGAAACCAGAAUUGUCGGGUUCUUACGUUUUGAUGUAUAACCUCUACGCAGAGAAAGGACAGUGGGAGAAAGCUGCAGAGAUUAGAAAAGAGAUGAAGAAGAAAGGUGUGAGGAAAGAAGGUGGAUUCAGUUGGAUCGAUGUUAGUGACACUGAAAGUUCUUUAACGAUGCAAGGUUUCUCUUCAGGCGAUAAGUCUCACCCGAAAUCUGAUGAGAUUUAUAGAAUGGUGGAAGUUCUUGGACUGGAGAUGAGUUUGGAGAGAAAGGUUGCAGUUUGA